AUGGAUUCUCACGUUCAGCAUGAACUCGCACGUAACAUCAUGGGUAGAACAUUUGCGUUGACUCCGACAGCGUACAAAUUUCUUGAGAUUGGGAUCGCCGUGGGAUCGAUGUCUCACGUGGAAAUUGCGAUUAGUGAUACCCGAGGCAACCGCAUCAUCCUACCGCACGCCACGUGGACAGCGUUCGUCGAAAAACGGGCGGAUAUAGAAAGAUUGGUGCAAUCGACUACACCAUCAUCAUCGUUGAUGAUUCAAGACCUUGUAAUGGAACUUGUCAAAAUACGUGAUGUGAACACUGUGAAAUUAUCUUUAUGUGACAAGUGUAUGUAUAUGAAACCGUCGACUGUACUCUUCAUGCUCGAACUCGAACAAUACGUUGAUCAUACAUAUUUCAAUUUGUGCCAAUAUACGAACAAUAGAUCGCAAGGAACAAAACUAAACGAAACGUACGGCAAUAUGGCUAGGCUCGAAGUGACUCAAAAGCAUAAUGGCUACAAGGCUGAGCCUAUUACGAAAGGGGCCCUUCAUAAAAAAAAAGGAUUCUAUACUUGCUAA